CAGGCGAUCAAUACAAACCACCACCGUAGCAACCCUAACAGGACCUCGGGCACCUUGCACUUCCUAGAAGUCACGUGAUUUUCCAAAAUGGCAGUCUUGAGGUGGAUAUACAGGAGGAGGAAAGUGUUUUUCUUCGUAUUUUGUGCAUCGUCAUUUUGGAUUGCAUAUUUGUACUUGUCGCUUCCAGUACCAAAAGAUAAACGUGCCAAGGAUUACAUCAACUAUGGCCCAGUUGGAGUUGUCACCCCCUUCCAGAAGGUCAAGGUUGCUGAACCGCCCGUCAGAAUUUACACUCCUGCCAGACACGAAGUCAUUCAAAAACCAAAUCUGGUUCUUGAUCCACCACCGAAACUUCCACAGAAUCAGAGUGUUACUAUUAAUAGAACAGCUCUUUUUACCAAAUUAAUGAAUAAAGGAAAUGUUACGUUAACGAAAGAUGGCGUGUUCAAAGACUGGAUGAACAUUGGCAAUGUGGGGGCUCACAUCCGCAACAAGACUUAUGAAAUGGGGGCCCGGUUUAAAAAUAAGACUUACGAAGUCGCAGAGUCAAUGAAAAAUAAAACUUUACAACACCUGGCAGUUUUUGGGAUGGGUAAAAAUCAUAAUCUUGUGCGAUAUAUAUUCGAGCCCCAUCGCUGGAACUUAACUGUGUCUUUCGAGGACAUUGGAAAUAUCAUGAAAGAUACAGAGUUUUUGAACAAGCUCCAUCCCCUGGAUUUGUCGGCCCCAGUUUUGUCUAGUUCCAAGAACAGGACUGCCAACUAUACAUACAAUAUGCCGUUUCAUGUGGGUUUCUGUGACUGUUACGAACACCACUGCGUUUGCUGUGCCAGGAUAGCCAAUAAGAGGCUGCAUCUCAACUCAACAACGUGUACUAACUUCACAUUUGUUUCUAAAUCACAGGAAAUAGUCUUGGAAGUAUUAUUGGACUCGAAGCCUAUUUACAAAAAUGUUGUAUCAGCUGAGUUACCUCCCCUGGUGUGUUUGGGGACGUAUCCGAAGGUCGUGGACAUCUGCAUACACUUCUUCAAUAUGACAUUCAAAGUGAACUUCCAUCAUGAACAUAAGACACAGCUGUUAGGCUGCACAGACUUUAGCCUCAAUCUUUAUAAUAAGACUAUUGGGUCCUUCCCCGUGGACUGUUUCCAGAUUCCGGGAGAUCCAAACCACAAACACAAGGACAGCUUGAAUCUCUUCAACUUCCCCAACUGGAUGCCUUAGUUGCCAUAGUUACAAUAGCUGCCAAUGUCAUACAUACCGUCUUAGAUAUAUAUUAUGUGGUUAAAGGUAGCCAUUGUGUGCUUAUUACAAGUGCUGGUUAAUACCAAAACUUGGGUUAUUACAAAUUUUGGAUUUUAUACUUUUUCAAAGAUUAGUCCUGAAGACUAGUUAAAAGUUUCUUUCACUGUUCAAGUUUGUUCAAAUUCUUGCCCAAACGAUACAUAAAAUACUGUUUUAGGAGAAAUAUGUUCAAUCAAAGUAUUAUAGUUGUUGUUACAACUGGUUGUGUGUGACAGUUUGGUCACAUGUUAAUUUAGGUCUUCCAGUCUUUGGGUAUCGCUCAAUGGCUUUCUUUAAGACACUAUUCCACAAAGCUUUAAGAAGGUGCUAGUCCAUCAAGAUUAAAUCCAUGCAAGUAUAAAUCAAGUCAUUUGAACUCAACUUCGAUUAUCUGAAAUCACAUGUUUUUAUCAGUGUCCAUAUCUAAUUGCCUCAAUACCGUGUAUUUUUGUUGAACUUUUAGUGGAAUUUUUUCAGGUCAGUUGACCAUUUUGAAAUGAUAUACCGAUGUUCUAUUGGAAUUUUGACACACUUAGCAAAACAUUUUUACGUUUCUUCAGGAGAGUUAACAAGAUAAGAAAUUAAAAGCACUGGGUAAAUUGCAUGAUAUUAAUUAUUUACUUCACAGUUAUGUGUGUGGUGGUAAGAUGGCAUUUCAGUGGAAUGUCAUUGUUUAUUUUAUGCUUCUUAAAUUUUCAUGUUCUUAAGUUUGAAUCUGAAAGAAUCUCACGUUUGUUCAACUGAACAGCCUGAUUGGAUGAAAGUGGGAAGCAGGGCCGCAGCGACUAGAUGUGGUGAAGUAGUCGUGAUACUCUUUCGUGGGUCGGCCCAAGGGUCCUUGUACAAUAAAGUGAAUGUUUGUGUUGUGUUUUAAGCAGUAUAUGUAAAUGGCAGCUUAAAAGAGCCAAGUAGUUUCAAUAGCAAGUUUUGAAAAUCUUCGAAUAAAUAUGAAGUCAUUAAUAUCUUUAACCUUAGUAUGUAGUACAUAUAGGGCAAAUCUGAUAAACAUAUGAUAACUAUGCAAAUGAAUAAGAUAAUAUCUACUUUGGAAAAUUUCCUUUUUUUCCUAGAUGAAUGCCAACAAUUGAUUCAGGUUUGGCUAAAUUGAUGGGUUUUAUGAUUUACAUAUGAAUUAUCCAUCAGUGACUGGUAGACAGCUGUUGGUAAUGUGAGACAACGUGUUGUGUAUGUCAGUGUUAUACACUGAGUAAUGUACAAUGCUAAGGCUGCAGUAGACUAACAGAGAUUAUCGUGCACAUUUUUCUCAAAAGUGGGGAGGGAGGUAGCAGGGAUUUACAGGAUGCUAAUUCCUGCGUCCUAUAUGCAUAAAAAUUGACAAUGGAUGCAACAAAAUUG